CCAUUCCCGUUCCGUUCACCGACCAUGGAGGAGCCCUGCGGCGCGGGCGCCGCUGCCCCGCUGAGGGGAGACGCCGAGGAGCCCAAGCAGGGCUCGGUGCUGUUCCUCGGAGGCAAUGAGGUGAAGAGCUGUGCUGUGGUGAAAUACUCCUCAGCCCCUCCUCAGGCAGCCUUUGCCCGUCUGCAGGAGAAAACAGACCUGAAGCUGCCUCCUGCCAACUGGCUACGGGAAAGUGCCAAGCUGGGACCUGCAGGGACAACCAUUCUGGGCAACAGCAAAAAGAGUAAACCCUUCUCAAGCUUUGGGAUGGCCUAUGACUUCAUUGACUCAGUUGGAAAUGAUGUGGAUGUUGUAUCUGAUUCAGAGAACAUCAAAAAACUCCUGAAGAUCCCUUACAGCAAGUCCCAUGUGAGCAUGGCAGUGCACAGGAUUGGGAGGACACUCCUGCUGGAUGAGUUGGAUAUCCAGGAGCUCUUCAUGAGAUCAUCUCAGACAGGGGACUGGACAUGGCUGAAAGAGUUUUAUCAAAGGCUGAUUGAUCAGAAAUGGCAAAGAAAAAAGAAGAGUAAAGAACAUUGGUACCAGAAGGCAAUACUUUCUAAGUUUUUAUAUUACAGCAUCAACGGAGAUGGAGCUGCUCAGCCUGUUCCUUCCACUUCCAAGCAGCACCAGGAGGGUCCUGUUGCAGGUGAGAGUGAUGAAGCAGGAAGGGCCUCCUGGCCAGCUCCUUUUGAAAUGCCUUCCUCACUCUCUGAAGAUCCAGGUGCCUCCAACCAGGGAAAUGUGCCUCUUGAGCCCUCAUAUCUAGUGGGGCACGUGGCCUCAGCCCCCAGAGAGCAAAACCUGUCUCCUUUGUUCAAUGACGGGGAGAGCAGUCAGGGACUGAAAAAUGACUUUGUUCGUAAUAUCCUGUGGACCUUUGAAGAUAUCCACAUGUUGGUGGGAUCAAAUAUGCCAAUAUUUGGAGGUGGGAGAUACCCUGCUGUGAGCCUGCGUCUCAGGGAUAACAACAAGCCAAUAAAUGUGCUGACAGGGAUUGACUAUUGGUUGGACAACUUAAUAUGCAACGUACCAGAGCUUGUAAUGUGCUUUCAUGUCAAUGGAAUUGUUCAGAAAUAUGAAAUGAUCAAGACUGAAGAUAUUCCCAAUUUGGAAAACUCCAAUUUUUCUACCAAAGUGAUAAAAGAUAUUGCUCAAAAUAUCUUAUCUUUUCUGAAAUCAAAUUGCACCAAAGAAGGACACACCUAUUGGCUGUUUAAAGCAAGUGGGAGUGACAUAGUAAAGCUCUAUGACCUCACCACACUUUGUGAAGAGACUGAAGACAAAUACCAAAACCCUUUUACAAUGCCAGUGGCAAUUCUGCUGUACAAAGUUGCUUGCAAUAUGAUGUUGAAGAAAAACCAGAACAAGAAACACUAUGGCACAAUCAGAACAUUGCUCCUGAAUUGUCUCAAGUUGUUGGACAAUGGCAGACAUCCUCAAAUUAUUGCUUCAGCAAACUACAUGUUAUCAGAGCUUUUUCAGCUGGAUGAACCUAAAAAAGAAGACAGUGCAGACUUCCCUAUAAAUGGCAAUUCUGAUGAAAGUUACAGUGAGGAAGAGGAAGAGAUGCCAGACAGUGAUGAAAACGGUUCCUACAGCAACAGUUCUGAUCCCCCAGAUGACAAUAAAGCAGUGGCAAUCAUCAAAUCUGUUGGGGAGUUGUCAGUGCCAGAAAAGUACAAGUCCGUGCAUCGAAUACGUCCCAGCUGUGCUUUCCCUGUCUGCCAUGGCACUGAGGAGCGCUGCAGGCUGGUGCUCAACCACGUCCUGGAGGGUUUGAAGUCUGUUGACAGCAGUGUUAAAAAGGAAGGUGACCUUCCUGCAGCUGACCCCAGCACUCCAAUCCCGUUGAAAUAUGAGGAUGAAUCCACCAGUGGUGGUCCUGAGUCUCUGGAAAAACAGAUGGCCUUGUUUCUAGACAAAAUGGGCUCCUUCCAGAAGGGGAAGCACUGCAGUCAGUCAGGAAUGAUUCCUGGAUCCUGGCAGUACAAAAUGAAACUCCAGCUCAUCCUGAAAUCAUCCAGAGCUUACUAUGUGCUGUCUGAUGCUGCCAUGGUCCUGCAGAAGUACGGGCGGGCGCUGCGCUACAUCAAGCUGGCCUUGCAGUGCCAUGAUACCUACUGCUGUCUGUGUGGCAGCAUGCUGCCCGAGGUGCUGGGGUUCCUGUGCCAGUGCUUAACCCUUUGUGGGGAUAUCCAGUUAAUGCUGGCUCAGAAUGCAAACAACAGAGCAGCCUACCUUGAAGAAUAUAAUUACCAGACUAAAGAAGAUCAGGAGAUAUUACACAGCCUUCACAGAGAAUCCAGGUGCCAAGUGUUUGCCUGGGCUACAGAUUUAUCCACAGACUUGGAAUACCAGCUUUCUGUCAGCUGUAAAUGCUAUGAAGCAGCUUAUGAAAUCCUCCUCUUCAGUAACUUAAAAAGCCAAAACCCAGAGCAGCACAUCCAGGUGCUGAAGAGGAUGGGCAAUAUCAGGAAUGAGAUUGGAGUGUUCUACAUGAACCAGGCAGCUGCAGUGCAGACUGAGAGAGUGGGCAAUAAAAACGUCUCAACAACAGAGCAGCAGCUCUGGAAGAAAAGUUUCUCCUGCUUUGAAGAAGGAAUUCAGAAUUUUGAGUCCAUUGAUGAUGCCACCAAUGCUGCCCUUCUGCUGUGCAACACGGGGAGGCUGAUGAGGAUCUGUGCCCAGGCCCACUGUGCAGCUGAGGGGGACUUCAAAAGGGAAUUCUCCCCAGAAGAGGCCCUUUAUUACAAUAAGGCUAUUGACUACUACCUGAAGGCCCUGAGGUCUCUGGGGAAGAGGGAUGUGCAUCCAGCUGUUUGGGAUUCUGUGAACUGGGAGCUGUCCACAACCUAUUUCACCAUGGCAACUCUGCAGCAGGAUUAUGCUCCCUUAUCCAGGAAGGCUCAGGAGCAGAUAGAGAAGGAAGUCAGUGAAGCCAUGAUGAAGUCCUUGAAGUACUGUGACAUUGACACCGUGUCUGAACGGCAGCCCCUGUGCCAGUACCGAGCUGCCACCAUCCACCACAGGCUGGCUUCCAUGUACCACAGCUGCCUCAGGAACCAGGUUGGAGAUGAGCACCUGAGGAAGCAGCACCGUGUCCUGGCUGAUCUCCACUACAGCAAGGCCGUGCGGCUCUUCCAGCUCCUCAAGGACGCCCCCUGUGAGCUGCUGCGGGUGCAGCUGGAGAGAGUGGCCUUUGCAGAGUUCCAGAUGGCCAGUCAGAACAGCAGUGCUGGGAAAUUAAAGACUCUGUCUGGGGCCCUUGAUAUAAUGACCAAAACCAAGGGUGCAUUUCAGCUCAUCAGGAAGGAGCUUGUGGCAGAAACUGAACAGAUCAGCAAGGAUAGAAGUCCUGCUGAGAGCGUGUCAGUGAGUGAUUCCUCUGCAGGCCUCAACAAAGAGGAAGUCUUGAAACUGCUCGGGAUCUUUGAGUCCAGGAUGUCUUUCCUUCUCCUCCAAUCCAUUAAAUUGUUAACUUCGAGCAAAAAGAAGCUUGGGGGCAGCAGUGAGGAGGAAGCAGCUCUGAGGACCAACAAGCAGGUUUACUCCCUGCUGCUCCGGGCCACUGCCAACAAGGGGCUGUCACUGCUGGAGCGCUGCGAGCUGCUGCUGAGCCUGCUGGAGCAGCUGGAGGGGAGCCUGGCCUGCAGUGAGGGCAGGGCUGCAGUGAGGGCAGAGCUGCAGUGAGUGAGGGCAGCCCUGCAGAGCUGCAGUGAGGGCAGAGCUGCAGUGAGGGCAGAGCUGCAG